AUGGCGAAUCCAAAUCAGGAAAUUAAAUACAAUAAGAUCUUCAUCAACAACCAGUUCGUGAAUGCAGUUAGUGGAAAAACCUUUCCGACGGUCAAUCCAUCAACCGGAAAGAAGCUAGCUGACAUUGCUGAAGGCGACAAGGCCGAUGUUGAGCUGGCAGUGAAGGCUGCGAAGGCGGCAUUCGUACGCACAUCACCUUGGCGACAGCUAGAUGCUUCUGCUAGGGGUGCUCUGCUGUAUAAACUGUCUACCCUAAUGGAACGAGACGCGAGUGUGCUUGCUUCGCUCGAGUCUCUGGACAAUGGCAAACCCUUCCCGAAUGCAAUGUACGAUGUACAAGGUUCGAUUAAGACAUUCCGCUAUUACGCUGGCCUAGCCGACAAAGUCGGAGGUGAUACGAUCCCAUCGGAUGGACCCCAUUUCACCUAUACACGCAAAGAACCUGUGGGCGUGGUAGGACAGAUUAUCCCGUGGAACUAUCCAUUAGCAAUGUUGUCGUGGAAGUGGGGUCCUGCUCUUGCUGCUGGCUGCACGAUCGUAAUGAAGCCGGCCGAACAGACACCGUUGACUGCUCUGUACAUGGCGGCUUUGUCCAAGGAAGCUGGCUUCCCGGAUGGUGUUGUCAAUGUUGUUCCAGGCUACGGACCAACGGCCGGUGGUGCUAUCAGUUCCCACCCGGAAAUACGUAAGGUGGCCUUUACUGGUUCGGUUGAGGUCGGAAAGAUUAUUAUGGCCGCAGCUGCCAACAGCAAUCUGAAGAAAGUGUCCCUUGAGCUAGGUGGUAAGAGUCCGCUCGUUAUCUGCGAAGAUGCUAACGUGGAUCAAGCUGCCAUGAUCGCUUACAUGGCAGUAUUUGAGAACCAAGGACAGUGUUGUAUUGCAGCUACGCGUACUUUUGUGCACGAAAGCAUUUAUGAUCAGUUCGUACAGAAAGCGAGCGAACUGGCUAAGGCUCGCAAGGUUGGCAACCCUUUCACUGAAGGAACCGUGCACGGACCGCAGAUCGACGACACACAGUACAAGAAGAUUCUCGGCUACAUCGAGGUGGGUCAAAAGGAGGGUGCUAAGCUGGUUACCGGUGGCAAGACGGUUGGCAACGAGGGUUACUUCAUUGAACCAACGAUUUUUUCCAAUGUCACGGACGAUAUGACAAUCGCUAAGGAGGAAAUCUUCGGCCCGGUUCAGAGUAUCAUCAAGUACAAAACGUUGGAUGAAGCGAUUGAACGAGCCAAUAACACCUCGUUCGGGUUGGCCGCUGGUAUCGUGACGAAUGACAUCAACAAGGCCCUAACCUUCAGCCAUGCUGUGGAAGCUGGUUCAGUUUGGGUGAACACUUACCUAGCCGUAGUGAACCAGGCACCGUUUGGCGGUUACAAACAGUCGGGCAUCGGUCGGGAACUGGGCAAAGACUCGCUGGAAGGUUACCUAGAAACAAAAUCCGUCUCCAUUCGUCUACCGGCCAAAAUUUAA